AUGGCUUCAGGAUCAAAGCAAACUCAUCACCUGCAUCAUGUUGGAAAUUGGAUGCCAGCGGAUCACAGGGUUCACCGGCAAUGGCUGGCUGGCGUUAUCAAAGAAUCCGGCAAAAAAGACGAUGAUUUACAUCCUGUACUCGAAGAAUUUAAGCAUAUGAUCGAGACAAACACAAGAGUGUACAUGCUCAUCGAGGGCAUGUUCAAUGAAGUCCCUCACAAGCAACCAUACAAUGAAGACCCAACCGGACACCCCGAAAUUCGUGGUUACAAUCAUUUCCUGCAGAUCCUUAACCACCUGCUCACCACUGCUCCCUCGUGGACAGACAAAGCCCACCGGGUCGGCCUGGUGGGCCUACCUAUCAAUGCGCUUCUCGACUGGCCGAUGGGCACACCUAGUGGAUAUGCCGCGUUCCUAGACCCGGAGAUCAAUGCGAUGUUGAAGAAAGUCCUCAAUGUAUGGGGAGAUUAUCUGCGUUCGCCAGACUCCGCCAACGUUUUGAAUGACUCAGAAAUUGGAUGGUUCGGCGAGACUGGCCGUCGCGACCUGACAACAGUCGCAAAGAUCGGCCCCACAGCUGCUGAGACCCUUGAGUUUGGUCAAAUAUUCCACUGUGACCCUUCCGCACCGAAUCAUGGCUUCAAGUCGUGGGAUCACUUCUUCACUAGAUUAUUCCGCGACGGAAUGCGUCCGGUCGCCGAGCCAGAGAACGGUUGCGUCAUUGCAAAUGCCUGUGAAUCAAAGCCAUACCGAAUCGCACACAACGUGCAUGCUCGAGACAAGUUUUGGGUUAAGAGCCAGCCAUACUCUGUGCUCGACAUGUUGCACAAUGACCCGCACGCCCCGGAAUUCGUUGGUGGCACAAUCUACCAAGCCUUCUUGAGUGCAUUAAGCUACCACCGCUGGCAUGCUCCCGUAUCUGGAAAGAUAGUCAAAGCAUACGUCGUCGAUGGAACAUAUUAUUCUGAGCCGCUCUUCGAAGGUCUAGGAAACCCACAUGUCCACUCCCAGGUGAUUCGGCUUGAAGGCCAGACUAUUUCACAACCUUACAUCACAUCUACAGCGACUCGGGCCUUGAUCUUCAUUGAGGCUGAUGAGCCAGCCAUCGGCCUGAUGGCAUUUAUUGGCGUUGGAAUGGCAGAAGUGUCAACUUGCGAUAUCACCGCCAAGCAAGGUCAGCACGUUGAAAAGGGAGAUGAGAUUGGUAUGUUCCACUUUGGAGGAUCGACACAUUGUCUUCUUUUCCGAAAGGGAGUCAAUGUCUCCGGGUUCCCUAAGCCGGGAAUGGAAGAAAAUAUGCCAGUUCGAAGCCAAUUGGCAGUUGUCAAAUAG